AUGUAUGAAUCAGGUAAUAAAUAUAUGUUUGAUGUAAAAAGAUGUAUAAGAAUAUAUAGGUUGUGUCUUAUUUUACAUUUAAUUUUGGCGGUAUUGCAGCUAUUUACACCUCGUCCAUUUUUAUUUAUUGCUCAUUUAGUAGUUUUUUUUAUUGGAAUUGAUUGCUUUUGUUCUUAUUUAACUUUUAAGUAUUUUUGCUUUACUGUUGUUAAUAUGAUAUGUGGUAUUAGUGAUUUUAUAUGGUUAUUGUUUAAAUGUACUGGCAAAAAUAGAUUCAAAUGGCUAGACCCGAAAUAUUAUUGGAAAAUAAUAAAUAUUGAUAAUAUUUUUCUUCAGUUUUUUUCUACUUCCUUACAUUAUAUGUUUGAUGAAAAAAAAAGUUAUGAAUCUCCUCAAAAUAUGCAAAAGAAAUAUGAAUAUAUAAAAAAUUUUUUUAAGUUAUUGCCUGUUCAGAAAAAAAUAUAUGCAUGGAAAAUAUAUAUAGAAUUAUUUAUAAUAAUAAUAGGGAUAUUUUUAUAUUUUAUUGGUUCUUAUAUCAGUUGGCAGUUAUAUAAAUAUACAUUAAAUUGUAAUCAAAAUGAUUUAUUAUUUCAUAAUUAUCAUUAUGGUACAUUUCAUGAAGAUAAUAACCAAAAUUCACCUUCUUCACAGAACGAUUUUAUUCCCUUUAUCGGGCAACCAUAUAGAAUUUCUGAUUUUUUAGAAAAAAAAUAA